AUGAGUGGUGAGAAUUCACUCGUUUUCAACAACGAAUCACCAUUGAAUCUCUCAUUCACAUCAAUCAUCAAUCCAUUAAUAUCAACAACAACACAAACCCUAACAAGUUCUAUUCCCUACUCGGAUGGGCACUUCGAUCGAUUGUCCAUCGUUCAAAUCGAUCACUACGCUACAAAUUGGACUUCUUCAACCGAGACAGAUAAACUCUUUCAAGAUGACGCCGUUUGGAUUAUCACCUCUUCAUUUAUCAUCUUCACUAUGCAUUCAGGUUUCGGUUUGCUCGAAUCGGGUAGUGUUUCAGCGAAAGAUGAGGUCAAUAUCAUGGUCAAGAAUGUGGUUGAUGUAGUGUUCGGCGGUGUCUCAUAUUGGGCGCUGGGUUUUGGGCUCUCUUUUGGCGAUUUCGAACCGUUAGCAAACUCGUUUUGCGGCUUUGGGAAGUUCUUCUACGAUCCGACUAGACAUGGCACAUCGGCGAACGCUGAGGGAUGGGCGUACGCGUCGUUUCUUUUUCAACUCUCAUUAGCAACCACCGCUUCAACAAUUGUAUCUGGUGCUGUGGCCGAACGGGCAAAGCUCAAAUCGUACAUUCUAUUGGGUUGUAUUGUCAUAAUCAUUCAGGCGUUGCCAGCUCACUGGAUUUGGGCCCAAAACGGGUUCUUUUUUCGGCUUGGUGUCAUCGAUUUCGCUGGUUGUUCGGCGGUUCAUAUGGUUGGUGGGAUUAUCGGUUUAAUCGCGACAAUCUAUCUGAGACCUCGACGAAAUCGUUUCUCUGAAGACGCCGUCUCACAAAUGAGCAGUCCGACGAAUGCUUUAUUAGGAACAUUUCUCUUAUGGUGGGGUUGGUUUGGGAUUAAUGCUGGCUCGGUUUGGGGGAUUACGAAUGGAAGGUGGAGGCUGGGGGCGAGAGCCGCUGUUGCCACAAUAAUGUCAUCAAUCGGUGGUGGAUCGACAGCAAUUAUUUUUAGUUUUAUAAAAACGAAAAAAUUGCAAGUGAAUUUCCUCAUAAAUGGAAUUCUCUCGAGCAUCGUUUCAAUCACUGCAAUGUGCGCAGUGGCUCGUCCCUGGCAUUCACUAGUGAUCGGCUCGAUUUCUUCAGCUUUCUCCAUUCUUGUUUUACCCCUCCUUGACAGAUUACAUAUCGAUGAUCCAGUUGGCAUUGUCCCGAUCCAUCUGACCUCAUCAAUUUGGGGAAUGAUGGCUGUUGGGAUUUUCGCAGAGAAAGAUCGAUUCCUGCCAUCCUCUUCCAAUCAAAAUGGUCUUCUUUAUGGUGGCGGUUUAUGGUUGUUGGGUAUUCAGUUGUUGUGUACAUUGACAGUGCUUGUUUAUUCGGCUUCAAUGGGAAUCAUUGCUUUAUUUUGUAUAGCCAAAUCACCGCUAGGUCUUCGUGUCACCGACUACGAAGAGCAAAUUGGAGCUGAUGUGAUCGAACAUGGGCUAGCUGGGACGAAUGUUUCUCGAUAUGUUGUCGAGAAACCGUUGAGUACAAAAACUUUUCUUUCCGUUACAAAAGCGAUCACAAAAUGGAAAAUGCUGACAAAACAGAAGAACAAAGCGAAACGAAUGGAGACGAUGAAACAGCGAAGAGAUGGAUUGCGGAUGAGAUUAGCAAAUGGUCACACACGAAACGGUGCACUGCAACGAGGCACGAGUCUUCAAUUGAGCACAGAUACGAAACUCAACCAAAACAACGAUACGACUCAUUUACACAAUGGGAAGCUGAAGAAAAGCGUUUCACAGAACAACUCUCCGCGUGAUGCGUGUACCCCAGUGCCUACACCGAGGACGAAACGUGAUCAUCAAUUGAAUAUGAAAUCAAUUCCCGAAAAUCCGACUGACUCAAUCCCGUUGAGCUCACUCGAAACACUCCACAAUCACAAGGAAGACUUUGAAGCAAAGAAAUCGCAUAUCACGAUUCCAAUAGACGGUCAAGUGGACUCGGGUUUGGGCACAGAAGGUGCCGAGACACCGUCAGAGAAUGGAGAGAGGAGAGAUGGUGGAGAGGAGGUGAAUAGAGAUGGGGGAAAUGGAGAGAAUCGAUCAACAACAUCACACACAAUCACAUCCACAUCUCCACAUCAACCAUCAUCGACAAGAGACGAUGGAGAUGACGGAGGAGAAGGCGAUGGGAGUCCCGUGCCGAGGAGUAGACGACGAUCUCGUCAUCGUCAAAUCGGUGAAAUGAUCCGUCCAACGACAGUUUCCUCAAUUCAGCCUCGUCUCUCAGCGGGUCUUUUCAGACGGGCUCCUCUACCUCGACCAAUUUCACCACCUGAAGAGGUGGUUAUCUGGACAACACAACGCGCGACAGCUCGCUACACGAAAAAUAAUCGAGUUCAACCGCGA